UGAGAUCAGAGUGGUGAAUGGGCCGAGGAGCUGUUGCGGUCGAGUGGAGAUCCAGCACAGAGCCCAGUGGGGAACAGUGUGUGAUGAUGAUUGGGACUUAAAGGAUGCAGAGGUGGUGUGUAGACAGCUUGGAUGUGGUAAAGCCGUCAGCGCUCCUCAAAGUGCCCACUUUGGCGAGGGAAGUGAACCAACCUGGCUGGAUAAUGUGCAGUGUAAUGGAACUGAGAGCUACAUAGAUCAGUGCUCACACAAUGGAUUUGGAAUAGAGAACUGUGGACAUGGUGAAGAUGCUGGAGUUGUGUGCUCAAGUAAGUUUUUCUUUUGUGGCAGUAUCCUGUUAAACGUGAAUAAAUGUAUAUAAUUAUUAUUAUAUAUUUUUUUGUUAUAAGACUUGCAGGCUCCCACAUUGACUUGGAUCUCCCCAAACUCUGUGGUCUCACCUGGAGAAGUCCUUCAGCUCACAUGUACCACACCCGGCCCAACGUGCAUCUCUGUAGACUUCAGUUUGUAUAAAACUGGGACAUCAAUAAUGACACAAACUGCAGAUUCUACAACAACAUUUACUCUGACUGUAGAUGCCUCACAUCAGGGCCAGUACACCUGUGUCUAUUCAUACAGGGAAAGUACCUCCAUAUCAUCCAGGAGCAACUCCAUUAACAUCACUGUAGUAAACUUACAGCAGCCCAACAUCUCCUUCACUGCCACUGGUGGAUGGUUCCACUGGGGGCCUAACGGACCAGAAGUGACUAUUGGCUACGGAUUCUCCGUCAUUUGCUCCAUUAAAGCUCAGUAUCCAGGAGGUUCCUUUCACUUGGCGAUCAGCGGAUCCAACAUCACCAGGACUCAGUCAGCUGUUAAUCACUCAGCUGUCUUCCUUUUUCCUAAGGCAGAUUGUGUCCAUCAGGGAAACUACAACUGUACUUAUGAAGUUAACGUGUCUUCACGUACCUUUACUUCCACCAAACUGCUGGCCAUCACUGUGAAAGGCUGUUAUGAGAUCAGAGUGGUGAAUGGGCCGAGGAGCUGUUGCGGUCGAGUGGAGAUCCAGCACAGAGCCCAGUGGGGAACAGUGUGUGAUGAUGAUUGGGACUUAAAGGAUGCAGAGGUGGUGUGUAGACAGCUUGGAUGUGGUAAAGCCGUCAGCGCUCCUCAAAGUGCCCACUUUGGCGAGGGAAGUGAACCAACCUGGCUGGAUAAUGUGCAGUGUAAUGGAACUGAGAGCUACAUAGAUCAGUGCUCACACAAUGGAUUUGGAAUAGAGAACUGUGGACAUGGUGAAGAUGCUGGAGUUGUGUGCUCAAACUUGCAGGCUCCCACAUUGACUUGGAUCUCCCCAAACUCUGUGGUCUCACCUGGAGAAGUCCUUCAGCUCACAUGUACCACACCCGGCCCAACGUGCAUCUCUGUAGACUUCAGUUUGUAUAAAACUGGGACAUCAAUAAUGACACAAACUGCAGAUUCUACAACAACAUUUACUCUGACUGUAGAUGCCUCACAUCAGGGCCAGUACACCUGUGUCUAUUCAUACAGGGAAAGUACCUCCAUAUCAUCCAGGAGCAACUCCAUUAACAUCACUGUAGUAAACUUACAGCAGCCCAACAUCUCCUUCACUGCCACUGGUGGAUGGUUCCACUGGGGGCCUAACGGACCAGAAGUGACUAUUGGCUACGGAUUCUCCGUCAUUUGCUCCAUUAAAGCUCAGUAUCCAGGAGGUUCCUUUCACUUGGCGAUCAGCGGAUCCAACAUCACCAGGACUCAGUCAGCUGUUAAUCACUCAGCUGUCUUCCUUUUUCCUAAGGCAGAUUGUGUCCAUCAGGGAAACUACAACUGUACUUAUGAAGUUAACGUGUCUUCACGUACCUUUACUUCCACCAAACUGCUGGCCAUCACUGUGAAAGGCUGUAAUGAGAUCAGAGUGGUGAAUGGGGCGAGGAGCUGUUGCGGUCGAGUGGAGAUCCAGCACAGAGCCCAGUGGGGAACAGUGUGUGAUGAUGAUUGGGACUUAAAGGAUGCAGAGGUGGUGUGUAGACAGCUUGGAUGUGGUAAAGCCGUCAGCGCUCCUCAAAGUGCCCACUUUGGCGAGGGAAGUGAACCAACCUGGCUGGAUAAUGUGCAGUGUAAUGGAACUGAGAGCUACAUAGAUCAGUGCUCACACAAUGGAUUUGGAAUAGAGAACUGUGGACAUGGUGAAGAUGCUGGAGUUGUGUGCUCAAACUUGCAGGCUCCCACAUUGACUUGGAUCUCCCCAAACUCUGUGGUCUCACCUGGAGAAGUCCUUCAGCUCACAUGUACCACACCCGGCCCAACGUGCAUCUCUGUAGACUUCAGUUUGUAUAAAACUGGGACAUCAAUAAUGACACAAACUGCAGAUUCUACAACAACAUUUACUCUGACUGUAGAUGCCUCACAUCAGGGCCAGUACACCUGUGUCUAUUCAUACAGGGAAAGUACCUCCAUAUCAUCCAGGAGCAACUCCAUUAACAUCACUGUAGUAAACUUACAGCAGCCCAACAUCUCCUUCACUGCCACUGGUGGAUGGUUCCACUGGGGGCCUAACGGACCAGAAGUGACUAUUGGCUACGGAUUCUCCGUCAUUUGCUCCAUUAAAGCUCAGUAUCCAGGAGGUUCCUUUCACUUGGCGAUCAGCGGAUCCAACAUCACCAGGACUCAGUCAGCUGUUAAUCACUCAGCUGUCUUCCUUUUUCCUAAGGCAGAUUGUGUCCAUCAGGGAAACUACAACUGUACUUAUGAAGUUAACGUGUCUUCACGUACCUUUACUUCCACCAAACUGCUGGCCAUCACUGUGAAAGGCUGUAAUGAGAUCAGAGUGGUGAAUGGGCCGAGGAGCUGUUGCGGUCGAGUGGAGAUCCAGCACAGAGCCCAGUGGGGAACAGUGUGUGAUGAUGAUUGGGACUUAAAGGAUGCAGAGGUGGUGUGUAGACAGCUUGGAUGUGGUAAAGCCGUCAGCGCUCCUCAAAGUGCCCACUUUGGCGAGGGAAGUGAACCAACCUGGCUGGAUAAUGUGCAGUGUACUGGAACUGAGAGCUACAUAGAUCAGUGCUCACACAAUGGAUUUGGAAUAGAGAACUGUGGACAUGGUGAAGAUGCUGGAGUUGUGUGCUCAAACUUGCAGGCUCCCACAUUGACUUGGAUCUCCCCAAACUCUGUGGUCUCACCUGGAGAAGUCCUUCAGUUCACAUGUACCACACCCGGCCCAACGUGCAUCUCUGUAGACUUCAGUUUGUAUAAAACUGGGACAUCAAUAAUGACACAAACUGCAGAUUCUACAACAACAUUUACUCUGACUGUAGAUGCCUCACAUCAGGGCCAGUACACCUGUGUCUAUUCAUACAGGGAAAGUACCUCCAUAUCAUCCAGGAGCAACUCCAUUAACAUCACUGUAGUAAACUUACAGCAGCCCAACAUCUCCUUCACUGCCACUGGUGGAUGGUUCCACUGGGGGCCUAACGGACCAGAAGUUACUAUUGGCUACGGAUUCUCCGUCAUUUGCUCCAUUAAAGCUCAGUAUCCAGGAGGUUCCUUUCACUUGGCGAUCAGUGGAUCCAACAUCACCAGGACUCAGUCAGCUGUUAAUCACUCAGCUGUCUUCCUUUUUCCUAAGGCAGAUUGUGUCCAUCAGGGAAACUACAACUGUACUUAUGAAGUUAACGUGUCUUCACGUACCUUUACUUCCACCAAACUCCUGGCCAUCACUGUGAAAGACUUGCAGGCUCCCACAUUGACUCGGAUCUCCCCAAACUCUGUGGUCUCACCUGGAGAAGUCCUUCAGUUCAGAUGUACCACACACAGCCCAACAUGCAUCUCUGUAGACUUCAGUUUGUAUAAAACUGGGACAUCAAUAAUGACACAAACUGCAGAGUCUACAACAACAUUUACUCUGACUGUAGAUGCCUCACAUCAGGGCCAGUACACCUGUGACUAUUCAUACAGGGAAAGUACCUCCAUAUCAUCCAGGAGCAACUCCAUUACGAUCACUGUGGUCCAUAAUGGGACCAGGCUGGUGAAUGGUCCACGUAACUGUUGUGGUCGAGUGGAGAUCCAGCACAAAGCCCAGUGGGGAACAGUGUGUGAUGAUGAUUGGGACUUAAAGGAUGCAGAGGUGGUGUGUAGACAGCUUGGAUGUGGUAAAGCCGUCAGCGCUCCUCAAAGUGCCCACUUUGGGGAGGGAAGUGAACCAACCUGGCUGGAUAAUGUUCAGUGUACUGGAACUGAGAGCUACAUAGAUCAGUGCUCACACAAUGGAUUUGGAAUAGAGAACUGUGGACAUGGUGAAGAUGCUGGAGUUGUGUGCUCAAACUUGCAGGCUCCCACAUUGACUCGGAUCUCCCCAAACUCUGUGCUCUCACCUGGAGAAGUCCUUCAGUUCACAUGUACCACACCCAGCCCAACAUGCAUCUCUGUAGACUUCAGUUUGUAUAAAACUGGGACAUCAAUAAUGAUACAAACUGCAGAGUCUACAACAACAUUUACUCUGACUGUAGAUGCCUCACAUCAGGGCCAGUACACCUGUGACUACUCAUACAGGGAAAGUAACUCCAUAUCAUCCAGGAGCAACUCCAUUAACAUCACUGUAGUAAACUUGCAGCAGCCCAACAUCUCCUUCACUGCCACUGGUGGAUGGUUCCACUGGGGGCCUAACGGACCAGAAGUUACUACUGGCUACGGAUUCUCCAUCAUUUGCUCCGUUAAAGCUCAGUAUCCAGGAGGUUCCUUUCACUUGGUGAUCAGUGGAUCCAACAUCACCAGGACUCAGUCAGCUGUUAAUAACUCAGCUGUCUUCCUUUUUCCUAAGGCAGAUUGUGUCCAUCAGGGAAACUACAACUGUAUUUAUGAAGUUAACGUGUCUUCACGUACCUUUACUUCCACCAAACUCCUGGCCAUCACUGUGAAAGACUUGCAGGCUCCCACAUUGACUCGGAUCUCCCCAAACUCUGUGGUCUCACCUGGAGAAGUCCUUCAGUUCAGAUGUACCACACCCAGCCCAACGUGCAUCUCUGUAGACUUCAGUUUGUAUAAAGAUGGGACAUCCGUAAAAAAGCAAACUGCAGAGUCUACAGCAACAUUUAAUUUAUCUGGAGAUUCUUCACAUCAGGGUCAGUACACCUGCGACUACUCAUACAGGGGAAGUGACUCUACAUCGUCCAGGAGCAACUCCAUUACCAUCACUGUGGUCCAUAAUGGGACCAGGCUGGUGAAUGGUCCACGUAACUGUUGUGGUCGAGUGGAGAUCCAGCACAAAGCCCAGUGGGGAACAGUGUGUGAUGAUGAUUGGGACUUAAAGGAUGCAGAGGUGGUGUGUAGACAGCUUGGAUGUGGUAAAGCCGUCAGCGCUCCUCAAAGUGCCCACUUUGGGGAGGGAAGUGAACCAACCUGGCUGGAUAAUGUUCAGUGUACUGGAACUGAGAGCUACAUAGAUCAGUGCUCACACAAUGGAUUUGGAAUAGAGAACUGUGGACAUGGUGAAGAUGCUGGAGUUGUGUGCUCAAACCUGCAGGCUCCCACAUUGACUCGGAUCUCCCCAAACUCUGUGCUCUCACCUGGAGAAGUCCUUCAGUUCACAUGUACCACACCCAGCCCAACAUGCAUCUCUGUAGACUUCAGUUUGUAUAAAACUGGGACAUCAAUAAUGACACAAACUGCAGAGUCUACAACAACAUUUACUCUGACUGUAGAUGCCUCACAUCAGGGCCAGUACACCUGUGACUACUCAUACAGGGAAAGUAACUCCACAUCAUCCAGGAGCAACUCCAUUACCAUCACUGUAGUAAACUUACAGCAGCCCAGCAUCUCCUUCACUGCCACUGGUGGAUGGUUCCACUGGGGGCCUAACGGACCAGAAGUUACUAUUGGCUACGGAUUCUCCGUCAUUUGCUCCGUUAAAGCUCAGUAUCCAGGAGGUUCAUUUCACUUGGUGAUCAGUGGAUCCAACAUCACCAGGACUCAGUCAGCUGUUAAUCACUCAGCUGUCUUCCUUUUUCCUAAGGCAGAUUGUGUCCAUCAGGGAAACUACACCUUUACUUAUGAAGUUAACGUGUCUUCACGUACCUUUACUUCCACCAAACUCCUGGCCAUCACUGUGAAAGACCUGCAGGCUCCCACAUUGACUCGGAUCUCCCCAAACUCUGUGCUCUCACCUGGAGAAGUCCUUCAGUUCACAUGUACCACACACAGCCCAACGUGCAUCUCUGUAGACUUCAGUUUGUAUAAAGAUGGGACAUCCGUAAAAAAGCAAACUGCAGAGUCUACAGCAACAUUUAAUUUAUCUGGAGAUUCCUCACAUCAGGGUCAGUACACCUGCGACUACUCAUACAGGGGAAGUGACUCUACAUCGUCCAGGAGCAACUCCAUUACCAUCACUGUGGUCCAUACUGAGAUCAGACUGGUGAAUGGUCCGAGUAACUGUUGUGGUCGAGUGGAGAUCCAGCGUAAAGACCAGUGGGGAGCAGUGUGUGAUGAUGAUUGGGACUUAAAGGAUGCAGAGGUGGUGUGUAGACAGCUUGGAUGUGGUAAAGCCGUCAGCGCUCCUCAAAGUGCCCACUUUGGGGAGGGAAGUGAACCAACCUGGCUGGAUAAUGUUCACUGUACUGGAACUGAGAGCUACAUAGAUCAGUGCUCACACAAUGGAUUUGGAAUAGAGAACUGCGGACAUGCUAAAGAUGCUGGAGUUGUGUGCUCAAACUUGCAGUCUCCCACAUUGACUCGGAUCUCCCCAAACUCUGUGCUCUCACCUGGAGAAGUCCUACAGUUCAGAUGUACCACACACAGCCCAACAUGCAUCUCUGUAGACUUCAGUUUGUAUAAAGAUGGAACAUCAACAAAGAAGCAAUCUGCAGAGUCUACAGCAACAUUUAAUUUAUCUGUAAAUGCCUCACAUCAGGGCCAGUACACCUGUGACUACUCAUACAGGAAAACUGACACUACAUCAUACAGGAGCAACACCAUUAACAUUACUGUGGUGAACCUGCAGCAGCCCAUUAUCUCCUUCACUGCCACUGGUGGAUGGUUCCACUGGGGGUCUGAUGGACCAGAAUUGACCAUUGGUUAUGGCUUCUCCAUCAUCUGCUCCAUUAAAGCUCAGUAUCCAGGAGGUUCCUUUUACCUGGAGCUCAAUGGAUCCAACAUCACCAGGACUCAGUCAGCUGUUAACCACUUAGCUGUCUUCUUUUUUCCUGAGGCACAUUGUAUCCAUCAGGGAAAAUACAGAUGUAUUUAUGAAGUUAACGUGUCUUCACGCACCUUUACCUCCACUACCACUAAACCCCUGUUCAUUACUGUAAAAGCAUCUCUGACCCCAUUCAUUGUUGUUGGAGUGACAGCAGGACUGCUUUUCAUGUUAGUGCCAGUCAUCAUUUGCUUUGCAAAGACACAGAAAAAAAGAAAAUAUCAGAUGGACAGGAAAGAUACAGAGUUUGACUUGCAUGCCAAAAACCCAAAUGAGAUUCCCCAAGGAGAGAACAAUGCAGACGAUGAACCUGUUUGUGAAAACGCAGAAACCUUUUUCCACCAGAAAGUAGACAAUGAGUAAGAGGAUGAAGAAAUUUAUGAAAACUGUCUACAGUAGCUUGGAGAACUAAGCUAAUACACAUUAUCUGCAUUCCACAAAGAAUAACAGGGAUAAAUUGGAUAAUUUUUCAUUGUUAAGAUGUUCUGUUUUUUUUUUAUUAUAAAUUUUUUUAUUAUAAAUUUUAGUUUUUAAUUUUCUCAUUUUAUCCAGUCUGUUAAAAUGUAACUAUAUUACAACUUAUUUUUUUCUCACUGCUUUAUUGCUACUCGUUAAUCUCACUGCUACUCAACAUUAA